CUACUCACCACAGAUGUUGAGCCACACUGAGCUGAGUAUGCCAGUAUGCAGCGAUACAAUCAUUUGACCUACUGUAGCUCACCAUGUAGCAGUGAGAGAAAGGGAGGGGCUGGGGGGCGGGCAUAAUGAUAGGAAUGACAGUGAUAGGACUAAUAACGAUAGGAAUAAUAAUAGGAGCAGUUGUUGAGCAGGAACACAGGCUCUGCAGCUCCGGAGGUAGAAAUACCUGCUGAAAGCGACAGAAGGAGAGAAACGAGAAAGCACAAAACUACGGGAGAGAGAAGGUGUCGAGUACUGCACUUCUGUUUUGAGAUGAGUCAACAUGCCGACUGGAUCAGUGAAAUUGCAAAGCAUUAAAAAACUGGGACAGGAAAACCACAGCUAUGAGUUUUCAGAUGACGAACCAGCUGGCUCCUAUAUGACCAUGACAACUUCCAAGGACGAUGAGAAAGGUCCAGGAAAUGCGGAGCAACCAGCGAUAAGGGUCGGCUUCUUUCAGCUGUUCCGGUUUUCCACAUGCAACGAGGUGCUGAUGAUGGUGAUGGGUAGUGUGUGCGCGGUGCUGCACGGCUCGGCCCAGCCCCUCAUGCUGCUGGUGUUUGGCCUGCUCACCGACACCUUCAUCGAGUACGACAUGGAGCUCAACGAGCUGAGAGAUGACAGGAAGGAGUGUGUGAACAACACUAUCCAGUGGAAGAAGAACUACACUGCAGGGCACGGCCUGAUCACACCGCUGAACCAGUCAGACUGGAGCUUCGUGAGCAAUUCAACAUGGGAGACGCUCCCACCGCUGAAGGGCAGGUCGUGUGGGCUUCUCGACAUUGAAUAUGAAAUGACCAAAUUUGCCUUCUAUUAUGUUGGAAUUGGAGCAGCUGUAUUCUUGCUGGGAUACUUUCAGAUCUCCCUGUGGGUGACGGCCGCUGCCAGGCAGAUUCAGCUCAUCAGGAAAAUGUACUUCAGCAAAGUGAUGAGGAUGGAGAUCGGCUGGUUCGACUGCACCUCUGUAGGGGAGCUCAACACUCGCAUGUCAGAUGAUAUCAACAAGAUCAACGAUGCCAUUGCGGAUCAAGUUGCCAUUUUUUUGCAGCGCCUGACCACCUUUGUGUGCGGUUUCUGCAUUGGCUUUGUGAAAGGAUGGAAGUUAACACUCGUCAUUGUCGCAGCAAGUCCACUGAUUGGUAUUGGAGCUGGUCUUAUGGCUCUGUUUGUGGCUAAGCUAACAGGGAUGGAGCUGCAGGCCUACGCCAAAGCUGGAGCUGUAGCUGAUGAGGUCCUCUCCUCCAUCAGAACAGUGGCUGCUUUUGGUGGAGAGAAAAAAGAAGUGCAACGGUACGACAGGAACUUGAUCUCAGCGCAGCGCUGGGGCAUCAGGAAGGGUCUGAUCAUGGGCUUUUUCACCGGAUACGUGUGGCUGAUCAUCUUUCUUUGCUACGGUCUGGCCUUCUGGUACGGCUCCAGUCUGGUGGUGGACACUGAGGAGUACACACCAGGAACACUACUGCAGGUGUUCUUUGGUGUUUUGAUAGCAGCCAUGAAUUUGGGGCAGGCCUCCCCAUGUCUGGAGGCGUUUGCUGCAGGCCGGGGAGCUGCUACCAUCAUCUUUGAGACUAUUGACAGAGAGCCGGAGAUUGACUGUUUAUCUGAGGGUGGGUAUAAGCUUGACAGGGUCAAAGGAGAUAUUGAGUUUCACAAUGUCACCUUCUACUACCCCUCCAGACCUGACGUCAAGAUCCUGAACCAGCUCAGUGUUGCAGUGAAAUCCGGGGAGACCACAGCCUUUGUCGGUCCAAGUGGAGCUGGGAAGAGUACUGCUAUUCAGCUCAUCCAGCGCUUCUAUGACCCUAAAGAGGGCAUGGUGACCCUGGACGGUCAUGACAUCAGAGGGCUGAACAUCCAAUGGCUGCGCUCGCUGAUUGGCAUUGUGGAGCAGGAGCCUGUGCUGUUUGCCACCACCAUUGCUGAGAAUAUACGCUAUGGUCGACCCGGCGUCACCAUGGAAGACAUCGUCAUUGCUGCAAAGGAGGCAAACGCCUACAACUUCAUCUUGGACCUGCCACAGAAAUUCGACACCUUGGUGGGGGAGGGUGGAGGGCAGAUGAGCGGCGGCCAGAAGCAGCGUAUUGCCAUUGCUCGAGCACUGGUCAGGAAUCCUCGUGUCCUGCUGCUGGACAUGGCAACCUCUGCCCUGGACAACGAGAGCGAGGCUGUAGUUCAAGAAGCUUUGGAUAAAGUACGCAUGGGUCGCACCACCAUCUCUAUCGCUCACCGUCUGUCCACCAUAAAGAACGCUGAUGUUAUUGUUGGCUUUGAGCACGGCCGAGCUGUCGAGCGGGGCAAACACGAUGAGCUGCUGGAGAGGAAGGGAGUCUACUUCACUCUUGUCACCCUACAGAGCCAAGGAGACAAGGCUCUGAAUGAGAAGGCUCGGCAAAUGGCUGACAAGGAAGAAGAGUCAGAGAGGCUAAGUCUAUCCAGAGCAGGCAGCUACCGUGCCAGUUUGAGAGCCUCGAUCCGCCAGCGAUCCCGAUCUCAGCUGUCCAAUCUGAUCCCAGAGUCUUCUGUUCCCGUCACUGGAGAGCUUGGCCCCAUAGCUUAUACUAUGUCACAGGCAGACAAAUCCAAGAAUGCCAUCCCAGUGGAGGAAGAGGACGAAGUUGUGGAGCCUGCUCCAGUUGCCAGGAUCCUGAAGUACAACAUACCUGAGUGGCCCUAUAUGCUUUUUGGAUCCAUUGGGGCUGCCAUAAAUGGAGGGGUCAACCCCGUCUACUCUCUACUGUUCAGUCAAAUCUUGGCGACAUUUUCAGUAACAGAUCCUGUGGCUCAGAGGAAGGAGAUUGAUGGGAUCUGCCUGUUCUUUGUCAUGGUUGGCGUGGUCUCUUUCUUCACCCAGAUACUGCAGGGUUAUGCCUUCUCCAAGUCUGGAGAGCUGCUGACCCGCAGGUUACGGAGGCUCGGCUUUCACGCCAUGCUGGGCCAAGAGAUCGGCUGGUUUGAUGAUCACAGAAACAGCCCCGGAGCUCUGACCACACGUCUGGCGACUGAUGCCUCACAAGUUCAAGGAGCCACUGGCUCGCAGAUCGGCAUGAUCGUCAACUCUCUGACCAACAUCGGCGUGGCCAUCAUCAUGUCCUUCUGCUUCAGCUGGAAGCUCACGCUGCUCAUCCUGUGCUUCUUGCCGUUCAUCGCUCUGUCAGGUGGCUUCCAGGCUAAGAUGCUAACAGGGUUCGCGAAGCAGGACAAGCAGGCCAUGGAGGCCGCCGGGCGGAUUUCCGGGGAGGCACUAAACAACAUCCGUACCAUCGCAGGCCUGGGGAAAGAGAGGAAUUUUGUGGACAUGUACGAGGCCCAGCUAGACACUCCGUACCAAGCUGCCCUGAAGAAGGCAAAUGUGUACGGGGCCUGCUUUGGUUUCGCCCAGUGCGUCGUCUUUUUGACCAACUCUGCCUCCUACAGGUUUGGAGGUUACUUGGUGCGACAGGAGGGGCUCCAUUUCAGCCUGGUGUUCAGGGUCAUCUCAGCCAUCAUCACCAGUGGCACAGCCCUCGGCAAAGCCUCCUCUUACACCCCAGACUACGCUAAGGCCAAGAUUUCAGCAGCCCGUUUCUUCCAGCUGCUGGACUGUGUGCCUCAGAUCAGCGUCUAUAGCGAAAAGGGAGACAAAUGGGAUAACUUCCAAGGGAACAUUGACUUCAUUGACUGUAAGUUCACCUACCCCACUAGGCCAGACAUCCAGGUCCUGAAUGGGCUGAAUGUGUCGGUGAAGCCCGGUCAGACACUGGCCUUUGUGGGCAGCAGCGGCUGCGGGAAGAGCACCAGCGUGCAGCUGCUGGAGAGGUUUUAUGAUCCUGACCAUGGCAGAGUGCUGAUUGAUGGCCAUGACUCGACUCUUGUCAACGUGCCCUUUCUGCGUUCCAAGAUUGGCAUCGUGUCCCAGGAGCCCGUCUUGUUUGACUGCAGCAUCGCAGAGAACAUCAAGUACGGCGACAACUCACGGGAAAUCAGCAUGAAUGAGGUCAUCUCUGCCGCCAAGAAAGCCCAGCUUCACGACUUUGUCAUGUCACUUCCUGAGAAAUACGACACAAACGUUGGUGCCCAGGGUUCUCAGUUGUCUCGCGGUCAGAAGCAGCGCAUCGCCAUCGCCAGGGCGAUCAUACGUGACCCCAAGAUCCUGCUCCUGGACGAGGCUACCUCUGCCCUGGACACCGAGAGCGAGAAGACCGUGCAAGAGGCCCUGGACAAAGCCAGAGAGGGCCGGACCUGCAUCGUUAUCGCCCAUCGCCUGUCUACCAUUCAGAACUCUGACAUCAUCGCCGUCAUGUCCAAGGGCUUUGUGGUCGAGAAAGGAGCGCACGACCAGCUCAUGGCCCUGAAGGGAGCCUACUACAAGCUGGUUACCACGGGAGCACCAAUCAGCUAACUGCUCAGGGAAACGGCAGCCAAUUAGCAAGGCAGCCAAGAGAAACGAAUGUAAGGAACAGUGUUAUUGCCGUACGCCGAGAGAGGCUAGGACUGGAAGUAUGCUAUACUUUAUAUCACAAAGUAUUUAAAAAAAAGUGUAAAAACAAAAAGUAAGAUACACCUCUUCACUCGAUCCUGUCAUGAAGAGAGGGGUUUUGUGAGUCACACAACUAUUUUGGGGUAUUUUAAAAGGUAGUUAAGCCUUUGUCUCUCUGUUAUGUUGGCAAUUGUUUAUCUCUCGGAUACUGUCCCAGUACCCACACUUGCAGUCUCGAGCACCAAAGUGCAUGGUCACACGCCACCAGGUGGCAGGCAAAUGUGUCCCACGUCUAAAAAAUGCCAACACUGAGUACACGUAACCCACACUUGAUGCAGCAAUAUUCAAUGCUAAGUGCAUCCCACAAUUCACCACAGUAUACUGCGCCAAACCAGUCCUUUGGUUAGUAACGUGCCUAUAAGCUGGUUUGACGACCAAUAAUAAUCAACAGACAUUAUUUUAUUAUAUUAUUUAUACUAUUCAUUCAUAUUUUUGAAUGGUCUUUCAAGCUGUAGAAAGUCCUCUUUACAAAUUGAUGUUAUUUUGUAUGAAGGGUGUGCAAAAAAAGUAAUGUUUUGUACAUGGAGAACAGACUGACAAUUGAAAAGGCAAAGAGAGACAAAGAUACCUCUGAGCAACAGUUAAAUAAGAAUAUAAGAAAUCAGCAGUCAUUGGUAAAAGAAAUUGGAAGCUUAGCAUUAAAAUCUGUGCAGAUUUAAACAGGAACAGCUGGAAUUACCAGGCGUGUUGCUUUAACAAAGCUAUUCUUAAAACUUCAAAACAGAAAUAGUAUGGUAGUCUAGGGUUGGCACUAUUGGAAUUGGAUCACGGAAUAGCAGCUGAACAUACUAUGGACUGACAAAUCACAGUUUAAACCUAUUCAAUCUGAUCACUGAGUAGACUGCAGAGGGCCCCAAGAAAAACGGGUUCCCAAAAUAUUUAGAGCCCAGUUGAAAGAGCAGUUGUGGUUCAAAAAGUGUUUGGGGGAAAAAAUGGUUCCAAUAGUAUUCUCCUCUGUCUUGCAACACUGUGGGGUCAUGGACUAAAUGGAAGUUUUAAUAAUUGAAUUAUUCUAAAACUCUUUCAAAUGUAAAUAAGAUAUUUGGUGUAUAAUUAUACUAUUUUUAUCUAUGUAAAAAGAGCCAUUAUUGAAGAAAGAAGAAAAACAUCAAUUUAACAGGUGACUCCAAACUUUUGAGCGGUAGUUAGAUGAGACUCUCAUGUCUGUACGCUAAAUAUGAAGCUAAAGCCAGCAGCUGUGUGUGGACUGGAAGCAGGGGGAAACAGCUAGCCUGGCUCUGUCCAAAGAUGAAAGAAUUUGCCUACCAGCACCUCUAAAGCUCACUAUUUCACAUGUUAUAGCACAUAACUCCAGUAAAACCACAACUUGUCGUUUUUUACAUUUCUGUUUGUGUACGGAGUAAACAAAUGAGAUAACAUGUUAAUUAGUGGAUUAAUUAGUGGAUUUUAGAGGUGCUAACGUGGGCAGAGCCAGGCUGUCUUAUGUGUCUUAUGUACAGUAGACUAUGUGCUUCUAGAUAAUUCAAUUGAAUUGCUUCAUCAAUUGUAUUCCUCCUCCCAGCCAGCUCCUGAAUGUGUGUUUGUUUUUCACUGUCAUCUGAUUGUAACUGUGAUGCUGUGUUGAUGGUCCUAUAUUUUAUGUUUUAUGUGGAAAUUAAACAAAACCAUCAAAAUG